GGGAGUUUAGUAGCGGUCGCCGACCACCACACACCGGAGCCACGGGCGUCGCUGUGUAGCGCGCUUCACCCGUGGUCGUAACCGCGCGACGCUCAAGCAACCAAGACGUUGUGGCGAGACGCUGGUGCGCUUGGAUCGUUGUGAUUAUCGUGAGACGUUCAAGAGUAACGCGUUGGUACCUCUCAAAAAGUGGCAGUUCCUGCAAAGCACAACGACAACGAGUACGAGCGCCUGAUUGGGCGGGAUAUUUGAACGCUUCACUCGCCCUGGUUACCGUGCGACUUUGAAGAGUUUGGUGUUGAGACGCCCCACAAAACGUGAAUCUGUGCGACACACAACAUCACAUCCGAGCAGGGGAUUGUGCGAGACACAGACGCUUCCCUCACUUGGUGGUUACAGUGCGAAAAUCAAGAGUCAGGUGUUGAUACCUCUAAAAUUUGUUAACUGUGCAGCGCUCACCAAGAACGACCCCAAGAAGCUGACCCUGCAACACGCUGACGCUUCUGUCACGCCGCGGAACCGUGCGAGGACCAAGAGUCUUGUAUUGAGACACCCCCAACAACGUCAGACUGCGCAACACGCAAAAAUAGCGAGUCCGAGAGGGUGGUCGUGAUAGACGCUGACACUCCUCGCUCAACGUGCCACCCUGCGACUUUCAACAAUCUGGUGUUUAAACCUCCAAAUAAGCGUCGAUUUUGCGGCACGAAACAACGGAUCAAAGCUAGUCUUCAAGAAAGGUCGUCAUAAACCGUACGACCCUAAACAGCUCAUAAUCAUCCGCGUCUCGCCGCGGAUAUUUUGAGGACCCAGCAGAUCCUAACACAGCCUCUAGACGUCGUCGGAGGACCCUAGUCGGUCGGCUUCCUUCGGGAGUUCGUCAUGGUGUUGCAAGCCGGUCAGGGCUUGGACCGCGUGGAGGAACGGCGGUGACGGGCCCGUUACCAUCACGGUGGUCACCAUGGGUGCCGCCCAGAGUGCGGUGGGCCACGCGGCGGCCGGAGGUGGCCUCGCGAUGUCUCCAUCACCCGCCAGCGCAGCUUCCUCCUGUCCAAGUACCGGAUGCCAGCAAAGGCUGAGCAGCAGCGUGGGCCGCCGGAGCUCGUCCAUCGCUCCUGGUGCCGUGUUGGCCAUGGAGAUGGAGAUCUCCAAGCUGAAGGCGUCGCUGGAACGCCGAGACAGGGAGAUUGUACGGCUCAACAGGGAGGUACACAAGCUGCAGUCGGUGCUGCAGGCCACGUCCAAGGAUGGCCGUCCCGACCUGCUGGCCACCAUCCACCAGCACCACUCCAUGGCGGGCCAGAGCAACCUGCAGAAGAAGCAGGGCGUAUCCGGGGAGAGCGCCACCUGCCGGACGCUUAUCCUCGAGAUCGACGUCUCCCACCACCCCAAGGACUUCAGGUCGAAGCAGCUCAUCAAGGACGCCAUCAUGGAGAACGACUUCCUGAAGAAUCUGGACUCAUCGCAGGUGCGGGAGGUGGUCGACUGCAUGUACCCGCAGGUCUUCGAGGCCGGCACGCUCGUCAUCAGGGAGAGGGACGUCGGCUCGCACCUCUACGUGUCCGCCGAGGGUGAGCUUGAGGUGGAGAAGGAAGACCGAGUGCUGGGUCGAAUGGGUCCAGGCAAGGCCUUCGGAGAGUUGGCCAUCCUCUACAACUGCACCCGCACCGCCAGCGUCAAAGCGGUGACGAAGGCCAAGGUGUGGGUGCUGGAUCGACGCGUCUUCCAGGCGAUCAUGAUGAAAACCGGUCUCCAGCGGCAAGAAGAAAACAUCCAGUUCCUCAGGAGCGUCCCGCUCCUGCAGACGCUCUCCAACGAGGUCCUGGCCAAAAUGUCGGACGUCCUCGAGGUGGAUUUUUAUCCGGCGGGGGUGUACAUCAUCAGGCAAGGAACGUCAGGAGACACUUUCUUCAUAAUCAGCCACGGAAGUGUGAAGGUCACCAAGCGGAUCGAAGGUACCAACCAGGAAGAAGAAAUUAGGAUCCUCAAUCGCGGAGACUACUUUGGAGAGCAAGCACUGCUCAGAGAAGACAAGCGGACAGCGAAUGUAGUCUCUCUGGACCCCGGAGUGGAAUGCCUCGCUCUGGACAGGGAUUCGUUCAUCCAGCUCAUCGGCGAUCUACGAGAACUUCAAGACAAGCACUACGACGACCGACUCCAGCUAAGACCACCACAGAGAAUCACAAGCAAAGCACUGGAAGUGGACUCCGAGGUGAAGCCUAUCCAGCUGGACGACCUCGAAGUGCUGGCCACACUGGGAAUCGGAGGCUUCGGACGAGUGGAGCUGGUGCAGUACGUGCAGGACCGGAGCCGCACGUUCGCUCUCAAGUGCCUGACCAAGAAGCACAUCGUGGAGACGCAGCAGCAAGAGCACGUGCUGAGCGAGAAGGCCCUGAUGAUGUCCUGCCGGCACCCGUUCAUCUGCCGUAUGUUCAAGACCUUCAGGGACGAGAAGUACGUCUACAUGCUCAUGGAGGCCUGCCUCGGAGGGGAGGUCUGGUCACUGCUCAGGGACAGGGGCUCUUUCGACGAGGGCACCAGCCGGUUCUACACGGGCUGCGUGCUGGAGGCCCUGCAGUACCUGCACGACAAGGGCAUCGUGUACCGGGACCUCAAGCCCGAGAACAUGGUACUCGACUCGGUCGGAUACGCCAAGCUGGUUGAUUUCGGCUUCUCGAAGCGUGUGCCGGCGGGCCAGAAAACGUGGACCUUCUGCGGCACCCCCGAAUACGUGGCUCCGGAGGUCGUGCUCAACAAGGGACACGACCGCGCCGUCGACUUCUGGGCCGUGGGCGUGCUCAUGUUCGAGCUGCUGGCCGGCACGCCACCGUUCGCCGCAGACGACCCCAUGAAGACGUACAACGUCAUUCUCAAGGGCAUCGACAUGCUGGACUUCCCGCGGAACAUGUCUCGAAACGCCGUGUCCCUCAUCAAGAGGCUCUGCCGGGAGAACCCCUCAGAGCGGCUGGGCUACCAGAAAGGAGGCAUCAUGGACAUCAAGAAGCACAAGUGGUUUCAGAGUUUUGACUGGGACGGGCUGCAGGCACGGACGCUCCAGCCACCCUUCGAACCACAGAUACGGGGUCCCGCAGACAGUUCCAACUUCGACGUCUACCCACGCAACUUCGAGAUCCCUCAGGAUGAGACGUCGGGAUGGGACGAAGAUUUCUGAAGAUGGCCGGUGGCCGUGCUCAGUCCACGUAGACCUGCAUAACGUGCCAACGACAGAACGACCCCUUCGACGGGUCAGCGUCGUCAAACCGCGUGCCAAUGCAUCUGCAGCGUACUCCAUUCAGGCCGUGUGCUGACGGGGGAAGAGAAUCGCGUUGCACGAGUGAGCCUUAGCGCAGAACUGUUGGGCAGGCCUUCACGAAUGCGAGGAACUAAGGACAAGGCUGCGCUGCGCAUGCCCAUUAAACAUUUAAGAAAAUGAAAAGAAAAAAUGUAAUUGCACUCCGCCUUGUGCCUCUAGCUUUCAGCCAGCUCCAAAUAAUGUUAUCUAACUCGCAGCUACUUCUACGUACCAUUACACUCUAAAGGUCAAAACACGAAGCUGAAGAAGUAUUGUCGACACUGACGCCGCCAACGAGUUUUCUCUUGCCUUCUUUGCAUUAUUCAAAAAAAAUAUAUGGCUUUGAAAUAAGGGUAAUGGCGAAAACUAGUUGGUGAACAGUCAUACUUAUAAAACCCCGAGACAAGAAACAAACAAAAAAAGAAAAAAAAUACAAACCGAAGUUGUGUUGUCUUUUUUUUUAUCUUGUCUUGGGAUUUUAUAAGGAAGGAAUACCGCAUCGCUGAAAUUCGUACACACACAAAAAGUGCUUAUCUGGCGUAAAAGCGCUAGUGAACCAGGCGCAAACUUACCACUUGGAAAGACAAGCAAGCAUUCGGUGCCAAGCGCAUAUUCUAAAUACGGUGGGAAUCCAGUGAGGGCUCCGAGUCAAUCGGACACUUUUCAACGGAAUCUUGUAGCAUGAAGCGCAUGGAGGAUGGGUUAUGGGCCUUGACAGGCAAAUAGUCACCUACAAGUCCACUGCGAGUAAGCUGCAAAUUCUCCUGCCUCCAGUAUGAGCCCGCUACCGUUCGUGGCGGCUUGACAGCGCGUAUACGUGCUCAUCGUUCACCCGAUGCCAGAACAUCACUGAGGACAGAACUCUCUAGCCACAAUUAAGUUAACUGAAAAACUGAAUGUCUGCUGUCAGGGAUCAUUUUUAGAAAGCUUGUCAAAUAAACGCUCUUUAUGUCUGCGUGUAGAACGGAACAGAAGAAAAACAUGUGAAGUUCGAUUUGGAUUGGCACCUAUUUUGGUGGUACAUCAGACCAGUUACAGUGAAGUCAGUACCUGACCUUGAACAGGAACGCUGCUUCCUAAAAAUUACACACCACCCAUAAACUGUUUUCCUAGAAGGCGUCUUUGUAUAUUGUCCGAAACGCGUAUCCGGUCAUGAUUUUAGUGAUGAAAAUGAAAUUAAAAUUCUUUCAUAGAGCGGCCCGUGAAAGGCUAAGGAAGGACUCCCCAAAAACUACCCGUAAAGGCUCUAUACUUGUGCUCCCUGGUAUCCGACUGAUGGCCCGUUCAGCGGUUCCGCAGCUCAGUGCAAAUCAGCCUUCAAGCGCGACCGAAUCAACGAGGAAAUAUAACAACCCAAAGGAACCAGGCGGCAAACUUGUGCGAAAGUACGUGUGACCACGUUGGAUGCUGUGAUCUUGUUCGUGCCUCUAUAUUUGCACCAAACCUCUUCUGAAUUUGCUCCACACAACCGAAAAUGUCGGACUGCUUUCAAACUACUCAUGGCAGGUGACAAUUGAAUCUGAACCGAAAAUUAACACGGGUGACCGUUUUCGUUCUGUACUCUAAAUGAACUCGAAGUUUUUAAAUGCAAAAUUAUGACACUGAUCAAAAGCGAUAGUACACAAAGCACAGCUAAUUUUUUCUUUAAAAAAAAAAAAGGACGCCGCAAUUUGGUGAUAAACGCCAGCAGCAGUUUCGGUAUAGUCCACAGUGCGUCGUCCACGAGUCUCACAGCACAUGUUCAGAACCAAGGACGCCCUCUUCUCGACGAAAGAGCACCAAACUGUGAAAAUGAGAGGUUUCAGGCACCUUAGUUAAGGAGUCCAUCCUUCGAUUAAAGAGAGGACAUAAAUGCACUCUAGAAACAUAUGGCGCCUUGGCGUGCACCAUCACUUCGGUACGAACUGUUACGCGAAUCAAGCUGCACCCGUCUUGUUGCGUGCUGUAUACGUUCUCGCACUGGCAAGUGAAACA